AUGGCGCUCGAUGUGAGAAUCUUCGAUAACAUUUCUCCUUCUCGUUUCGUCGCUUUCACAAUCCCUAAUCCUAAUUCUCCAUUACUUCUCCUCCGAGUCGCCGUACUCGACUCGCCUGUUCAUUCCACCAAGUCAUCUCACCGAGUCGCCGCCAUGCUCGUCCCCAAGCUCAGAGAAACCGAUUGGAUCUUCUCCACUGAGUCCGGCCAUCUGCAGCUCCUCCUUGACCUUCCAGAAAUCUCUCGGCUAAUACUGAUCGGAGACGAUCCCGAUGGCUCUGAUUUCUCUCCGGUUUACCACCGACCGACCGUUGAAGACGACGAAACAAAGAGACUCGAGCAGAGGCUGAAACCUCUUGUGGUAGCUCUCUCACNUAAAACCUUAACCCGUGACGAAAUCGACGAUGUUCCUUUUCUGAUUUACGAGGAUAAUGUUGUAUCAAGCGUUGUGCUUGAGAGAUCCGUUGGGACUUUCGUAGGUGAAAUGCUAAUCGAAGAUGUAGAGAUCAAGAUCAAUGAAGCUAGAGAAUUUAGGAGGAGAUUGAGGUUCAAGAGAAUGCCUAAUUUAGUCCAAUCCGACAUCAAAAUCGUUCCCAGAAGUUCUUCUUCAGAUUUGAAGUCUUCUCCUUCACUCACUGGAACAGAAUUCAAGCUUGAUCUCACGGAGCUUGUGCAUCCUUACUUAGCACCAAUGAUUGCAAGUCUUUCGUUGAUUGGUUCUCACAUUGCUGAGCUCGAGUCUAGACCAAAGGCAUUGUGCAUUGGAGUUGGAGGUGGUGGGUUGCUUAGUUUCUUGAGGAUACAAUUAGGGUUCGAGGUUACGGGUGUAGAGAUUGACCCUGAAGUUUUGAGGAUUGCGAGGCAAUACUUCGGGUUAGAGGAAAGCUUUGCUCGUGUUCAUGUUGAAGACGGUAUUGAGUUCUUGAAGAGAGUUUCGUCUCGCUGUGAUGAUGAUGAUGAUACGAAAUUCGAUGUCUUGAUGGUUGAUCUUGAUUCGACCAAUCCGAUUCACGGCGUGAGUGCUCCUCCAGUUGAGUUUGUGGCCAAAGAUGUUAUGUUAGCUGCAAGAACUGUUCUUGUUUCUUCCGGUGUUUUUGUUAUCAAUGUCAUUCCUCCAAACAAGAUAUUCUACCAAGAACUCAAGGACGAGUUUAGACAGGUAUUUACUGAGUUGUAUGAGAUUGAUGUAGGAAAUGGCGAAAACUUUGUUCUCAUCGCAACCGUUGCACCUAGAGAUCGCAAGAACGGUUUUACCAGUGAGAAUCUAACGCCUGCUGCCCCACUAAAGUAUAUUGAUGCUAUACACAGAAUUUGA